GAUACGAAUCUAUCGACCCCUCCACUCUUUCUUUCCAACUACUUCGUCUUCUUCUUCUUGUUCAAAUUGCAGCAAUGGAUCCCUAUUAUGAACAAAGACUCAGAGACGAAGUCAUUUACCUCCACUCUCUCUGGCACCAAGGUCCCCCUAAUCGCCGAAACCCCAUUCCCAUUCCCAAUUCCACAAUCCGAGCCACCCCAAUUGGCAGAAAACCCCAAUUGCCGUACCCGAUCGCCGCCCAAGAAGGCCCCACCACCAAGAGGAAGGCAAGAACCGAAAUUGAAUUGCCCAGCAGCAACAAGAAGCCCUCGCAACCCGACCCGCGUUGGGAAUGCCCGGGUCCGGCCUCGAACGAUGACUCAACCUCUGAGUGGCCAUCAUCUGGGUGGCCAGUGACUUCAGCCAAGCUCAAUUUGGCUCCGGCGUCGGCGGAAGAGCAGUUGAGGCACCACGCACUUCGGUUACACAACCGGGCCUUGGAGGCCUGCGGCGGAUUCUUUAAGGGCAAUGCCGGGUCGGGUAGUGGGUCCGAGAGUGAGGAGGAAGAAGAGGAUUGCAAGGUUGGAGAUGAGGAGAAUGAGGAGUACAAGUUUUUGUUGAAUUUGUUUGUGGAGGAGAGUGGGUUGAGGAGUUAUUACGAGGGGAAUUGGGAUAGUGGUGAGUUCCAUUGCUUGGUGUGUGGUGGGUUGGGGAAGACGAAAAAGAUCAAGGGUUGUGUCGGGCUUGUUCACCACGCGGUUUCGAUAAGCAAGACGAAGAAGAAGAGAGCUCAUAGGGCUUUUGCUCAGGUUGUGUGUAGGGUUUUAGGGUGGGAUUUUGACCGGCUGCCCAUUGUUGUGCUCAAAGGCGAAAGGCUCAGUUUUUAUUUGGCGAAACCGGGCGAUGAACGGGGUGAGAUUGAGGUAAAUGCUGGUGCUAGUGAGGCUGUUUCGGGUGCUGUUAAAGACAAUGUGGGAGAUGAAAGGGAUGGUAAUGCAGAGUCAGGUGAAAAGGAAGCAUCUAAUGGAGACCUAAUUAUUUGUCAGAAAUCUUUGAAAGAUGAUGAUGCAAAUCAAUGCAAAGAAACCCUUAAUAAGGGGAUAUCAGAAAUCAAAGAAGAGAAAGAAGAGGCAAUGAAUACGCGGAGUGAGCCUGAGUUAAAUGUUGACCAGUUGGAUAGUGCACUGAAAGACAAUGUGGCAGCUGAAACUGAUGCUCCUGCUGAAUCUAGUGAAAAGGAGGCAUUUGAUGAUCAUCAGUGCAAUGGUAAAGAACCAAUCAUCUGUCAGAGCUCUUUGAAAGAUGAUGGUACAGAGAAAAGCAGAGAAAGCCUUGAUGAGGGAAAGACAGUAUUAAUAAAGGAAGCAAUUGGAGAAGAAGCAAAGGAUGCAUUGGGUGAGCCUGAGGUACGUGCUGGUUCUUGUGAGGGUGUUUUUUGUGUUGUUAAAGACAAUGUGGCAGCCGAAAAUGAUGCCAAUGCUGAAUUGGGUGUAAAAGAGGUAUUCGAUGAUCAUCAGAUUAACAGUGAAAAUAAAAUGAUUUGUCAGGUUGUAUUGUUUCAGAACUUGUUGAAAGAUGAUGGUACAACAGAAAACACAGAAGCCCUCAACAAGGGAAUAUCAGAAGUCGAAGCAAACAAAGAAGAUGGAGUGGAUAAAGUGGUUGAAGUUCCGGAAAAUGGUGAUGAUUACAAGCAUGAUUCAGUUGUUUCCAAAGAAACAUUGGAUACUAUCAGUGGAUAUACUGGUGAAAUAGGGUCAAAGGUGGAACUUGAGGUAGCCUUAGGUGAUGGAACACCAAUGGCAUGUGAGUUGCAGGCUGAACCUGAGAAAAAUGUGGAUGGUCCCAAUGAUGAUUUAAAUGUCUUUUUGGAGAAUUUAGAACCCCUGUAACAGUGGUCAGAUUCACAUACCUUCAAUGUUCAAAUAUCAUCAAUGUUCCCUCAAUUUGUGGACAAGCGCGAGAUAACUCCAAGGUCAUAACAACUCUGCUAUCAUUGACACUUCUGUUUUCCUUUAGAUGGCGACGACUUAUGACAGCAUAAAUCGCUUAUGUGAUUGUAGAGGCUUUAUAUGGGUCUUAAUGAAAGAGGUUUUAAAUGGUGUAUAGGCAUUCUUUUGCUAUUUAUUGUCUCAGUUAAUUACCAGCCUGAUAAAAUUAUGAAAGGAAAUUGAUAGGGUUUAGGUUUAGGGACACAUGAAAUAAUAAUGAAGUGGAAAAUAGAGAUACCUAAUAUGGGUCACUUCUAAAGAAUGAAAAUUCAUUCGUAUAGAUUUAUUGAUUA